AGUUUUGAUACUAUUUACCGGACUAGCAAAGAGUAUCGGCCACUAGCUUUGUUUGUUGGUUUCAACAAUCAUCACCAACUGACUGUCUUUGCGGCUGCUCUUCUAUAUGAUGAAACAACAGCAACAUUUGAAUGGCUUUUCGAUCAGUUUUUGAAAUGCAUGGGAGGUGUGAGACCGUUAUCAAUGUUUACUGACCAGGCUGCUGCAAUUGCUGCUGGUAUAAGGUCUGUUUUCCCAGAUUGUUUUCAUGGGUUGUGUACAUGGCAUAUUGCUCAGAAUGCAGUUGUUAAUCUGGGAAGUUUGUGUGACUCUGACUUCCUUCGUGAGCUUAGUUAUUUG